GUGCUCCAUUUCAAAGGUCUCAGCAUCCCCAUGCUACCUCCUGCCGGCAUUUCCACCUGGGUCCCCAGCCUCAGCUCCCCACUGACUUCGCCCUGCCCCACGCAGUGCAGCCCCAGCCAGGGCUGACUCCUCACAUGGCCCCCCCGCACCAGCACAGCGGUCCCCUGCACCAGCCCCUGGCCCCAGUGCCAGCCCUGCCCUUCCAGGACGUGGCCGGACCCUCCUUCCUACCUCAGGCGCUACACCAGCAAUACCUCCUCCAGCAGCAGCUCCUUGAGGCACAGCACCGCCGGCUUAUGCCCCAUCACAGGCGGGCUCAAGAGCGCAUGUCUGUCCAGCCUCAUCGCCUACACCCCAGCUUUGACUUCAGCCACCAACUGCAAACUCCGCAACCCAUAGGGGCCCAGCCCAGGUAUUUAGCCGAAGGCACAGAUUGGGACCUCAGUGUCGAUGCAGGACUGACUCAUGCCCAGUUCCAGGUCCGUCCAGUCCCUCAGCCCUAUCAGCAUUACUUAGCUACACCUCGGAUGCACCACUUCCCCAGAAGCACAUCCUCAACACAGAUGGUUGUUCAUGAAAUCAGAAAUUACCCUUAUCCUCAGCUGCAGCUACUUGCUCUUCAGGGACUGAACCCAAGCAGGCACACAUCUGCUGUGCGGGAGAGCUAUGAAGAGCUGUUGCAGCUGGAGGACAGGCUGGGCAAUGUGAGCCGUGGUGCUGUCCAGAACACCAUUGAAAGAUUCACUUUUCCCCACAAGUACAAGAAGAGAAGACCGCAGGAGGGCAAAGCUGGUCAAGAGGAUGGAGAGGAGUCUGACACUGAUGAGAAAUGCACAAUCUGUCUGUCCAUGCUCGAAGAUGGAGAAGAUGUCAGGCGGUUGCCCUGCAUGCAUCUCUUCCACCAAGUGUGUGUGGACCAGUGGCUGGCCACCAGCAAGAAAUGCCCAAUCUGCAGGGUGGACAUUGAAACACAGCUCGGCUCGGACAGCUGAAAGGACUGGCUGGAUACACCAUUUUCCUUACCAGGUCAUAUGGCCAUAAACCCUUGCAGCAAAUUUUUUGCCUUCUGAGCCAUUUGAUUGAGAGGAAAAGUCUGCAGGAACGUUAGUGAGGAGGAGGUGGAGGAGGUGGCAGUACAAUAUCUAGCAGUAGGAGAUAUUGCACGUACGCAGGAUACGGGCCCGGUGAAAGGGAGCUGGCAUUCCCGGAGCUCAGAGACCCCGUGCUGCAGAAGAUUUAGUGUUGAACAUGAAGGAACUAGUUGUGGUAGUCUGGCCUGUCAAUCCUGCAUUUCAUGAGGAUUGUAUAUAUACCUCUUGAAUAUGUAGAAACAUGUUAGGGGUCCUUUAGCUAUUUCUAUGGAUGGCAGCUGGAGCAUGUUAGCUUAAGAAAUGUUGUGUUUGAUGCCCUACUCAUCUUGUGGUGGACAUGUUGCUGUUACCUAAUUUGCACCAAAUAUUUUUUCAUAGAUUCCUUAUUUUGGUGCCUGAUUAAUACAUUGCAGAGGGGGAUGAAAAAAGGUCAACCUUUCCCACCCUUUUUGGGUGGGGAAGAGGCGAAAAAGCAAAAU